AUGACUGAAAUCGUUGCGCUGAAUCGGCUCCUGCAGAAUACCAAAUUUUCAAGCAGCAUUCUUCAUAACCGUUUCUUCCCGGAUAACAACAAUUCUUCAUUCACAGACAGCAACAAUGUGGCCACAGUGACUGUUCUCGAAAAUACUCAGACAGGUCCGAGCAAUGUGGUCGCUUUUGGCGCUAUUCAUCUAUACACCAGUAACCAGGUAAUUACCGCAUAA